UUUCAGUUAGCUAUAAUUAUCUAAUGAUAUGUCUUAUCCAGACGCUUACGAAGAGUUUAAACUCCUCAAUAUUCAAGAUAUGAAGGAAAGAAAGAGGAGAAUGAAACUUCCCGUCCCUAAACACGAUGUCCAAAUAAGCUUGUGGAGGACUUUAAAAUCAUUUGUUGGCAAAGACCUGACCAAAGUAGCAAUCCCUGUGCAUUUUAACGAACCCCUGACGUUUUUGCAGAGAUUGUCUGAAGAUUUGGAGUACUCAGACCUACUUGACAAGGCAUCCGAUGAGAGUAUUACUUCUGCUAUGAGGUUGAUGUAUCUUACGGUGUUCAGCGCUAUACCUUACGCCUGUGUCAGUAGAAGGUACAGUAAACCUUUCAACCCUCUGUUGGCAGAAACCUACGAGCUUGUAAGAGAGGAUAAAGGUUACGCUUGUAUAGCAGAACAGGUUAGUCACCACCCUCCUAUUACGUGUUUACACACAGAACACGAACUGUGGACUUUCUGGCAGGAGUACAAGAUGGACUCUAAGUUUAGACCUACAUAUUUCAAGGUAGUUCCUACAGGAUCCGUUCAUGUUAAGGUUCGUCACACCGGUGAACACUUUUCCUGGAUGAAGCCUACAACGACAAUACACAACAUUAUUUUAGGACAGCUUUGGAAUGAUCAGGAAGGCACUGUUACAAUUACGAAUCAUUCGACUGGACAGAAAGCUUGUCUCUUCUUCCAACCGUAUAAGACUACUAAACAUUACACGAAGAUUAAAGGUGAGGUAUAUGAUUUGGAAGGAAAUGUGGAAAUACAGAUCAAAGGAGAUUGGACAAGUCACUUCAAAUACAAGCACGUGGACUCAGAGACGUGGACAGAUGUGUGGAACCUGGAGACUGAUAUCUUAGAGGAGAAGAAAAAGUAUUGGGGCUUCUCACCUUUCUCCCUACAACUGAACGAGCUUGAAGAGGGUGUUUGCCAUACUGACUCCAGGUGCCGUCCCGAUCAAAGAGAGUUGGAACAUGGGAAGGUAGAUGAAGCUGCUGAAGAGAAGUUGCGGCUCGAAGAACUGCAACGAGGACGUAGGAAGAACAAUAAAAAUGCAAAUCCACAGGGACGUAGAAAACAGCAAACGUUGUCCAAAAAAUCAGUCUCCAAAAAUGAGUCAUCAUCAGAUGAGGAGCCUCGAUAUGAGGACGCGCUAGAGCAUACUGGCCUUGAGGUCGUUACUCCGAGGUGGUUCCAGGAGUACACUGACCCUGACACGCAGGACACUUACCACACAUAUAGGGGCGGGUACUGGGAGUCUAAACUCGCUGAGGAUUUCUCAACUUCGCCAAACAUUUUCUAGCAGACGCUCACUUCGUGUCACGCAUGUUAGUGUAGCGGAAAAGUCAGCAAGGGAUACUUGCGACAUCAUAGGAUACAAUUUCAUUACUCUUUACAUAUACAUAAUAUGUGUAUAUAUAUAUAUAUAUAUAUUGGAAAAGUUAAGAACUAAGCGCAUCGGAGCAACUCUCUACGAUUAUGAGAGAGAGAUUAUUUCGUGCAAUAAUCAUUAUAAGCAUUUUAUAGAUUUCUAGCUUGUCAUAUUAUGUGGGAAAUAAAACUCGAACUAGUUAAGAUGAUUUGGUUUAAGCCCCGAUUUUAUUAAAUAUUAAAAUCAAGAUGAAAACAGCAAGCUUGGAACUAUCAUAUAUUACCUUCUUGCUAUAUUUAAAUUAUAUGGAAUACCUUAACUAAUUAUAUAAUUACCUUAACUCCGAAAAAUUUCGCUGGCGAAAAUUUUGAACGAAAUAUCUUCGUCAAUUGAAAGACUACUGUUUCGUGUGAAAAGUUUCAUAUAAAAUUCGUAGUAUUUGAUAGAAAUUUACAAUCCAGAUGAACAAAUUCUUUUAUAACUUCAUGAAUUGGGGUAAGUUUUGUCACGAGACCCGCACCAGGUGGGAAAAAAUGCACUUGGACAAGGUAAAUUUUGGUCAUUCAAAAUUUUCGCCAGAUAAAAUGUACGACUGCGAAAACUUUAGUCGGAAAGUCGUAUUUUUACCGAAAGUUUUCGCAGCUAAGGUAUGUUUGCUAGCCUCCGAUUUGUUUAACACAUGUUUUAUAAAACUCGCUGCCAAAGUUCGGUUUGCAAGCUCAAUUAUUGUCGCCAAGGGUACGCUAGCUUACCCCCCCCCCCCGCCAGCUAGUGGGAGGGGGUGGUGGGGUA